AGCGUGUAUGGGGGGGUGCAGGUCUGCAUUGCCGCUUCCCCUGGUACUCGGAGCAGCAGUCGACGCUGCCGCCAGCCCCGCGCCCGGGACCCCCGCCCGCACCCGGGACUCCCCUUACCCGGGGCGCCCAGGCCAGAUCUCCCGAAGCUUCUAGAAGAAAAGUAGGUGGACUUUCCUGAGUUAUCCUGGCUCUUCGUCUUAGCCCCCACAACCUGGCUCCCCUCUCCUUUCCUAUUCCCCUGCUCCCCAUCUCCCUUCCCCAUGUAUCCAACUGAAUUGGCCAGCACUCCUCACCCUCUUUUCCCCUCCUAGACUUUCCCAUUUUCUCAUUCCGUGGCUAGAGAUAUUUGAACACACUUCAUCUAAGUACCUGGAGGAAGGAGGCUUUCUGACUUCACAAAUCCUUGAACAAAAUCUGAAUAAGGAGCAGGGAGUGGAGGAGGUAUAGUGAAGCAUUCCCAAAGACAUCAUGGAAGAAGGCUUCAGAGACCGGGCAGCUUUCAUCCGUGGGGCCAAAGACAUUGCCAAGGAAGUCAAGAAGCAUGCGGCCAAGAAGGUGGUGAAGGGCCUGGACAGAGUCCAGGAUGAAUAUUCCCGUAGAUCCUACUCCCGCUUUGAGGAGGAGGACGAUGACGAUGACUUCCCUGCCCCUGCUGAUGGCUAUUACCGUGGGGAAGGGGCCCAGGACGAGGAGGAAGGUGGCGCAUCCAGUGAUGCCACUGAGGGCCACGAUGAGGAUGAUGAGAUCUAUGAGGGGGAAUAUCAGGGCAUCCCCCGGGCAGAGUCUGGGGGCAAAGGCGAGCGGAUGGCAGAUGGGGCUCCCCUGGCUAGAGGGAGGGGGGGCUUGGGUGAUGGGGAGGGCCCUCCUGGUGGCCUGGGGGAGGCGCAACGGCGGAAAGAACGGGAAGAACUAGCUCAGCAGUACGAAGCCAUCCUCCGGGAGUGUGGCCAUGGCCGCUUCCAGUGGACACUCUAUUUCGUGCUUGGCCUGGCGCUGAUGGCUGAUGGUGUCGAAGUCUUUGUGGUGGGCUUUGUGCUGCCCAGUGCUGAAAAGGACAUGUGCCUGUCAGACUCCAAUAAAGGCAUGCUAGGACUUAUAGUCUACCUGGGCAUGAUGGUGGGAGCCUUCCUCUGGGGAGGUCUGGCUGAUCGGCUGGGCCGGAGGCAGUGUCUGCUCAUCUCGCUCUCGGUCAACAGCGUCUUCGCCUUUUUCUCAUCUUUCGUCCAGGGUUAUGGCACUUUCCUCUUCUGCCGCCUCCUUUCCGGGGUUGGGAUUGGAGGGUCCAUCCCCAUUGUCUUUUCCUAUUUCUCGGAGUUUCUGGCCCAGGAGAAACGUGGGGAGCAUUUGAGCUGGCUCUGCAUGUUUUGGAUGAUUGGUGGAGUGUAUGCCGCUGCCAUGGCCUGGGCCAUCAUCCCCCACUAUGGAUGGAGCUUUCAGAUGGGGUCCGCUUACCAGUUCCACAGCUGGAGGGUGUUUGUCCUUGUUUGUGCCUUCCCUUCCGUGUUUGCCAUCGGCGCACUGACCACACAGCCGGAGAGCCCCCGCUUCUUCCUGGAGAACGGGAAGCAUGAUGAGGCCUGGAUGGUGCUGAAGCAGGUUCAUGACACCAACAUGCGAGCCAAGGGCCAUCCUGAGCGAGUCUUCUCUGUAACCCACAUUAAGACGAUUCAUCAGGAGGAUGAGUUGAUCGAAAUCCAGUCAGACACGGGGACUUGGUACCAGCGCUGGGGGGUCCGGGCCCUGAGCCUGGGGGGGCAGGUUUGGGGCAAUUUCCUCUCCUGUUUUGGUCCCGAAUAUCGACGCAUCACUCUGAUGAUGAUGGGCGUGUGGUUCACCAUGUCAUUCAGCUACUACGGCCUGACUGUCUGGUUUCCUGACAUGAUCCGCCAUCUCCAGGCAGUGGACUAUGCAGCCCGGACCAAGUUGUUCUCUGGGGAGCGUGUGGAGCACGUGACCUUUAAUUUCACGCUGGAGAAUCAGAUCCACCGCGGGGGACAGUACUUCAAUGACAAGUUCAUCGGGCUGCGUCUGAAGUCAGUGUCCUUUGAGGAUUCCUUGUUUGAGGAGUGUUAUUUCGAGGAUGUCACUUCGAGCAACACAUUCUUCCGCAACUGCACGUUCAUCAACACUGUGUUCUAUAACACUGACCUGUUUGAGUACAAGUUUGUGAACAGCCGUCUGGUGAACAGCACGUUCCUGCACAACAAGGAGGGCUGCCCACUGGACGUGACAGGGACCGGCGAAGGCGCCUACAUGGUGUACUUUGUCAGCUUCUUGGGGACGCUGGCUGUGCUUCCCGGGAACAUCGUGUCUGCCCUGCUUAUGGACAAGAUUGGCAGGCUCCGGAUGCUUGCUGGCUCCAGCGUGAUGUCCUGUGUCUCCUGCUUCUUCCUGUCUUUUGGGAACAGCGAGUCAGCCAUGAUCGCCCUGCUCUGCCUUUUUGGGGGGGUCAGCAUUGCAUCCUGGAACGCGCUGGACGUGUUGACCGUUGAACUCUACCCCUCGGACAAGAGGACCACAGCUUUCGGCUUCCUGAACGCCCUCUGUAAACUGGCAGCCGUACUGGGGAUCAGCAUCUUCACAUCCUUUGUGGGAAUCACCAAGGCUGCCCCCAUCCUCUUUGCCUCGGCCGCGCUUGCCCUCGGGAGCUCUCUGGCCCUGAAGUUGCCUGAGACCCGGGGGCAGGUGCUGCAGUGAGAGGGCCGCCGGGCUUUCGAGGGUGGCAGGCACACUGUGAGGCCAACGGCUCCUUCUCCCUCCCUGCCCUGCCAUCCCGGCCCGAGCAGCCUCACUCCCCACUCCCCUGUGUUCCGUGUCUUAGCCGUGUGUUUGUGUGUGCGUGUGCGCGUGUGCAUGUGUGUGACCCCGUGGGCAGGAACUACAGGGAAGGCU